AUGGCAGUUGUUGCCCCGCCACCCCCGAAAUCGACUCUGGACCCUUGGAAAUCUGGCGGCUCGGCUAUAUAUCCUGCUGCAUCACGAACAGAGCUCAUGACAGACAUAAUGUCAUACCAAUAUCCCCCGCCGCCUCAAAACGGCGCCGAGAUGGACAUGCCGCCCUCGGGUUACUUGCCUAGCUAUUCUGUCCCGUCGCACGCGUCAGGAAUGGAUUCGAGCAUCCCGUCGAGGGAGCGUUCAGACUCGUUCUCGAGGUCGAUGAAGUUGAAACCCUCCAUAUCGACGACAGCUGGUGGCGCGCACUCCCAGACCCAAGCACCACAGCCCCCAACACCGCAACAAUCGAUAGCGUCCGGGCAGGAUCCCGCUGGAGAGAGAAGAAGAAACAAGUUGGGUUACCACCGGACGUCGGUUGCAUGCGGCCACUGCCGUCGUCGAAAGAUUAGGUGUGUUCCAUCGCAAAACGACGUCCAGGGACGCUGCAUAAACUGUAUCCGCCUCAAAAAAGAGUGCAGCUUCUAUCCCGUAGAUCAACAACCGCCAAUGGACACCAGGCAGAAGUCAGCCUCGAGGUCCUCUGUCGGCCCAAAGAUCGCCUCCGCUUCUUCGUCGCCGGCCAUGCAGACUGGAAUCCCAUCAGACAUUCAUGGGCAGCAGCCCUAUCCUCAACUAACGAUGCCAUCCAUCCAGAACAUGCCCCCGCCGAUGAAGCCCUCAGGGACUGAAAGCUAUCCUCCUGACUCCAAACUGCCUUCGAGUGCGCCCAGCUCUCGUGCCUACGAAUAUGGACACCAUGGGUUGCCGAAUUGGAUGUCGGCGGACGCCAGCCCGAGCUCUUCCAAGCCGAGCGACCUGAACGCAAGUUGGCGGUCGUAUCCGACCGAUUCUCCAAUCACUCCCGCCUUCUCCCCCUACACACCGCACGCGCCGCCGCCCUCGGCUACCUGGUCGGCUUCGGUGGGUUCCGAGUCAUCAUCGCGGGAUGAAAUUGCUUGGUCCUCAUACCCAGCGCCCCCUGCUCGAUCCUUGUCGUUCGGGGCCGAGAGCAUGACGAGUCAGCAGCAAUAUCCUUCAAUGUCGCAGGUCAGCAGCCACUCGAGCCGCGCCUAUGAUCGCAAGUCGAGCUCCGUGUCGGACAUGUAUCCGCCGCCGGUCGCGACGACAAUUCCCGGCAUUGAAACUGUGCCCGGCACCACUCUUGAGCAGAACGUCUCUCUUUCGGCGGGAGCGGUCCCUCCUUCUAGCUAUGCACCUUGGCAGCAAUCGUAUUCGUACUCGAAACCCGCAGAAAGUUCCGGAGGAUGGUAUGGAGACACAGGAACCCACCAGCACCUUGGCUCAGGGGAUCAGCACUCGUAUGGACAUACACAUUCUGGGUAUUAUGGGCGAUAA